GAACCAACGCCAGCAUCAGCAUCAGCGCGAGCCGGUGUCCAAGAUGGUAGCCCACAUAAAGCAUUUUCUCAAUUUCUUAAACGUUCCCGCGGACAGCCUAAAUAUCCAGUUCAAAGAGCAGGUUCCCACGGUGAAGGUAGGCUCUGGGAUCGAGCUAACCGGAUGUGCGCCGAUUGGGCGCUACAUCGCGGAGCAGUCUGAAAAAGGACGAGCCGUACUCGGAAAGAAUGCCCAGGAGCGAGCGCUUAUCCAGCAGUGGCUCGAGUAUGUGGCCGUCCACUGCGGAAAUGGUGUGCUCUCGUCGGAUACGGCUCACAGCACAUUACAAGAGAUCGACAGCUACCUAGCAGACCGGUGUUUCUUCGUGGGCAUUUCACUCACCCUGGCUGAUGUUUUCCUCUACUACAGCCUCCAUCCCACUGUUUCUUCACUGACAUUCAAGGACAAAGAGAAGUACGGCCAUCUCUGUCGUUGGUUUGACUUGGUUCAGCAUCAAGAAGGCCUUCGGCAGAAUCUCCCGCUCGUGGUUUUCAGCAAGACCCGGCUGUACAUCUAACGCUACGCUCCUGGCCACACUUGCCCGAGUCCAUCACAGCGAUGCAUCCCGGUUGCAGCGCCUGCUACGAUGGCGCACUUUAUUGUGAUCAUUUCCAACAUUGUCUUUUUUCGUUCUGCGCUCUGUAAUUGUUUUGUAAGUUUAACUUGCAAAAGUGGAGCCUAUUUGUCUACGUAACAUUGACUUGUGUAACUAUUGAAACCAGUGUUCCUUUUGCUUUGAAGGGGUAGGUUUGUAUACACACAUGGUUGGACAUCUUAAGGCUCAUUCACACUAGGGAAUUACAGAUAUUGCAUGACCAACCACAACUGGAGACCAAGGAAUGGCGAAUUAGUGCAACGCUGAUUUUUAGGGCUUGUGAAACCAAAUUAUUCUUUGGUUGAAAGGGAAAGGGCAUGCUGAUGCAUGGUACCAGUUGGUACUGGCUCAUGAUAGGACGGUUCAUUCACACAACGAGUUGAUGAAGGCUGCACUGGUUCACUAACUGGCUGACCACAACUGCACGCAACCAUGACUUGUGCGUUUCUCACGUGGGAUUAUCUCGUAAUUAAGAUAGUGCAGUGCUGCCACCACAGAAAACGAGCAUUGCAAGUGUACAGCACUGCACCGUUCAUGCAUCAGUGAUUAGUUCAUUAGCUCAAUGAAUUCAAUGGCAAAGUGGAAGCAUCACGUAGUCGCUCACAAGCUAGAGAGCCAGUGAAGUUGCUUUCCAAACCUAAAUGGCCAAUGGCGACCAACCCUGAUCGGUGACCGCAACUUGCAAGUCCGAAUGCGUUUUUAAUUUUCUAACUGGCGUCAAGAAAAGGAUGCUUCUUUUCCGUCUCGGUUAUACGUUGUAGCUCAUGUCACAUUUCAUGUUUAUUAGAUGCGCGUCAAUCACUUUUUACCGGUAACAGGUCUGAUGCGUACGAUUUGUGGGAUGGCAGUUUCACUUGUGAUAUCGAGGGCUCUUUCAAGUGUCUUGUCUUGUUUGUCGCAAGUGACCAAUGGAUAUCACAUCCAUGGUAUAGCAUCCCCUACAUUCUCGGUCAUUGCGACGCUUUUCACACCUCUUCACAUACGUGGCUGACCUCAUUCCUUCAAAAGGAAUGAUCUCAGGCUAAUAGCGACUGAACGUGUGAUUGACUUUCUGGGUCAUGUAGAAAUAGGUGGUGGUAAUGUAUUCGUGAUCGGCACAAUGUUAUUCUGUCUCUUGUGUGGCGUAGGCAGUUGCUAAAAGUAGCUGUCAAGUCCAGCUGUCCUUUUUCUUUUUUUGCUCGUCUGUCACUAUUAUCACAUGCUGGCAUGUUUGUUUUCUUCACCCAAUGUACCGGGAUAAUUUCAACAGUUUUUGAUUUACUGUGCCUGCUGUUGGCCUGUUGGCCUUUUUGUUAUUUAUGCACCCAAUAGUGAGUCUUUUCUAAGCAUGUACUUUGGGCAUUGAGAACUCUCUGUUCACAUGCAACCUAUUUAUUGAUUUGUUACGAUUCACUGUUGUCUUCUGAAUCCAUCUGUUUAGCGUUCUUACUGCUGAAGUAGCACUCACGUGUGAUAUUUGUGAAGAAGCCUCACAUGCCGUUAUAGCCGUUUAUUAAGCUCUGUGUUGAUGUUAUGUAAUGGUUCUGUGAACAUCUGUGCGUGUACAGCAUUUGGUGGUUACGUUUAACUUCAUUGCAUUAUUAUGUUGUGUAAUUUUCUCAUCAUUUUGUUUGACUUCCUGGGCAGCGUACGCCAAGUGUCUUGCUACAUAAUCGUCUCGAAAGCUCACGGUGAACAAUACUGCCGGUACGAAAGAUGUUCCUAAUUUCCAAUUCACUAAAAUAUCCGAAAUUACAAUCGACUUGGUUUUAUGACCACUGAUUCCAGAACAUGCUGCGAGUCCUAAUUGUAUCAGGAUGCAGCCUUCUGUUUAGUUUCGUCAUAAUUUUUGUUUAGUACUCAAUGUGACUACGUCAUAAUGGACAAUGUAAAUUGUCAUUCUGUCUAUCCUUUAAAGGAUUCUCUCGCACAAGAUUCUUACUUCUUUGUACUGAUUUGAUGCGGCAGAUUUGUUUUUUCUAAUCUCUGUAUCUAUGCCGUCAAUAAAAUUCCAAUUGGCAAUCAUUCGCCCACUUUUA